ACAGUCUAGGCUGAGGUGACGCGGCCGCUGGAAGUGGAGUGGCGGAAUGUCACGUGACCGGUGAGAUGUCGCUCAGCUGACAUGGCGGCCCCCGACCAGCUCCAGUUCCAAGAGUUUGAAGAAGCCGCCGUCCUCCUGUCCGAGAAUCCGAACGCCACAACCAAGAGCGCCAGCGUGGAGGCCGCGCCGCAGCAUGCCACGCUACACAUGGGAGGCGACAGCGAGGGAGAGGAGGGCGAGACAGACAGUUCAUGUUUCCCUUUCUCUCGGCAGCUCCUCUCACCUCAGAAGAAGCCGUCCGGGUUCUGGACCCUCCAGUACUAUCAGGACCUGUUCGAUGUAGACACCUGCCAGGUGCUGGACCGGAUCCGAGCUUCCUUCAUACCUGUUCCUGGGAAGAAUUUUGUCAGACAUCAUCUGCGGAAUAAUCCCGAUCUUUAUGGACCCUUCUGGAUCUGCGCCACACUUGUCAUCACCGUCACUGUGGUGGGGAACCUGGCCACCUUCAUCCAGAUGCACGGCACGCCCGGUUACAACUACAGUCCCCAGUUUCACAAAGUGACGGUUGCUGGGCUUGCCAUAUACAGUUACGCAUGGCUGGUCCCUUUAGCCCUGUGGGGAUUUCUGCAGUGGAGGAAAGGAGUGAGCCCAAUGGUGGGGACCUACAGCUUUAUGGAGACGGUGUGUGUCUAUGGGUACUCCCUGUCUGCGUACAUUCCUUCAACACUUCUCUGCGUAGUCCCCUAUGAAAUAUUCCGCUGGAUCAUUCUUCUUCUGGCCAUGUGUCUGUCUGCUUUGGUCCUCGUUCUGGCUUUCUGGCCACACAUCCGCAGAGACAACAAGAUGGUGGCUAUAGGGAUGGUGACUAGCAUGGUGCUUCUACACGUGCUGCUAGCUGUGGGCUGCAAGGCGUACUUUUUCAGGAGAGUGGAAGAACACCAUCCAGAAGGACCUAUGACGGCUUCCACCACGACAAAGGCCCUCACUACUUCACAUCCGAAGUGA